AUGGAAGUUCAGAUGCUAGAAAAUGAGGGGAUACUCAAUGACAUCUCCCGUGAUGUAACCUAUUCGACUGUCGAGUCUUACACCGCAGAUAUCCUUCACGUCCAUGACAGCCGUCUGCAGGGCCAGCCGAAUGCUGUAAAUGAUGUGUCUGAUUGCAGCAUACAAAUGGCGACUUUGGCCGCUAUGCGCGCUCUAUUGCCACGGUUCUUUUCUCGAAAAUACCGCCAUGGGCCGUUCCUUUUCUCCUUGACAGACCUGCAUCAGAGCAACAUCUUUGUGGACGCGGACUGGAACAUUACCUGCUUAGUCGACCUCGAAUGGGCAUGCUCUCGCCCAAUUGAAAUGGUUGAGCUUCCAUAUUGGCUGACUGGGAAAGGCGUGGAUCAAAUUGAUGCAUCCGAAUAUGAUAUCCCCCGAAGAGAGCUAAUGGCCAUCCUUGUGUCAGAGGAAGCCAACACUGCCCACCAAGGAGUACCACCACUGUCCGAGAUUCUCGCACAUACAUGGGCUUCAGGAACAUUCUGGGUUACGCUGGCUUUGUCAAGCCCUUCCGGUCUUUUUACGAUAUUUGGAAAGCAUAUCUAUCCACUGUUCGCUAGUGACGGCAGUCCUGCCGAUGGUGCGCUACCGUUUUUCUGGAUAAGAGAUGCGCCACAGUUUGUCAUUUGUAAGAUUUCCGAAAAGGAGGAGUAUGAUAGAAAGCUCAAGCUUGCUUUUUGCGAGCCAACAUAA